UCCGAACGCACUCAGCUGACGUUUCUGUUGACGGCUGUCACCCGAGCUCGUCUCUUCUGUCAGUGCGGUGAAGAAGCAAAAGCCGCAGUAAUUGACAUCGCGGCGAAGAUUACCUUUGAUUACCCUAUUUUGGCUGCUCCAUCGAAGCUGCUUCCAAUAAAUAUAAGGGGGAGAUACAACCGACUUCAAAAUUCCACCAGCAUCGGUGCCAUCGGGUCCCUCAUCUCUCCGAUCUGCUGACUGGUGGGGGGAGAUGCUGGGCGCGUGCUCAGCGGGCGAGGUGUUCGCGCUGCUGGAGGGCGGCGGCGCGGGCGGCGGCUCCGCGCUGCUGGCGCUGUACGGCGCCGUGCGCGAGCCCUGGCUCACGCGCGCGCUGCUCGCCUACCACGCGCGCACCGGCUCCGCGCGCGCCGUCGAGCUGCUGGCGCGCGCGCCCGAGCCGCACGCGCGCCACCUGCUGGACGCGCUGCACGAGCAGCUGCGCGAGCCCGCCGCGCGCAAACACGCGCUGCUCGCGCUCGCGCCGCUGCUCGCGCGCCGCCCCGCCUGGCUGCACCGCCUGCAGCCGCCGCACCCGCUGCCGCGCGAGCUGCUGCGCGCCGCGCGCACCGAGCGGGAACCCUUGCCGCUGCUCUACGCGCUCAUGGCGCUCGCCGCGCUGCUGCCCGCCGCGCCCGCCCUAGCCGCCGCGCUGGCGCCCGAGCUCGCCGACGCGCUGCUGCGGCCCGCGCAGCUGGAGCCCGCGCCGCCCGCGCCCGCGCGCGACCAUCUACUCUUAGCGCAGCUGGCACUUUUCCGAGCUUUAUAUGCAACACAUCCCGUGACGCUGCUGGAAGCUUUGCGCGCGGAGCACGCUGCCGCUUCUGCCGCUACGCGCGACGCCUGGCAACGCGGCUUGGCGCCGCUGCUCGCCUCUGUGCGUCUACACCCGGCGCUGGUGACCGGCAGCCGCGCGCGCGAGGCGGACGCCGGUCGCUGGGCGCGCCUCGAAUGGCACGACGUCGUCGCCGAAACGCGCCGUUUAUCGCUGACGCCGCGCGAACGCCCGGAGGAACGCGAGCGGCCCGCGCAGCCGCCGCCCGCGCCCGUCGCGCCCGCGUCCCCCGCGCCGGGCUCCGGCGCGCACGCGGCCCGCGCGGCGUCGGCGCUGCGCCCCGGCACGGACCCGUGGUUCCCGCUCGCCGAGCGCUGCGGCGCGGACUCGGCACCGCACACGCCGCUCCCCGCGGAGGCGGACGCGGGCGAGCCGCCGGAGGCCGCGGUGGAGGCGACGCCGGAGAACACGCCCGCUAAAGAAACGCGCGAGCGGUUCCGCUUCCCGGCGGAGUCGAGCGCCGUGCGCGCCAUCGGGCGGCGCUCGCAGCCGCCGUCGCCGCUGCGCAAGGAGACGUCGCCGCUGGGGGCGCGGGCGCGGGCCCGGGCGGGGGACGCGUACCUGGGCCGGCUGACGCGCAUGGCGCUGGACCGCGCGGCGCUGGAGGCGGAGGGCGGCGCGCGUCGUCGCGGACCGGACUCGCCGGUGCCGUUCGGGGGCGGGCCGCCGCCGGCCGGCGCGCCGCUGGCCCGGCCGGAGCCGCGCGGGCCGGGCGCGGCGGACGCGGAGCCGCUGAACGUGGAGGACCGCGAGGUGCUGGAGCUGACGGCGCGCGCGCGCGCCGAGGACGCGUGGGCGGACAGCGAGUCGGCGGCGCCGGCCGCGGCGCUGGCGCGCGCGCUGGACCCGCGCCGCGGGCUGCGUGCGCGCGCGCCCCGGCCCCGGCCCGCCGGCGCGCCGCCGCCGCGCCGCCCCGCCUCCUGCGACCCGAGCGCGCCGACGCGCUCCACCGAAGUCGCCGUACAGACAGUCGACGCUUGGCCGGAGCCCUACGAGUUCAUCAUUGCCGAUUUCUACAGAAAUCUUCCCGAUGAUUUUUCAAAAGAGGGUUCGGAGCCCGCGUCUCCGUGCGAGCGGCUGGACAAGUACCUGUCGUCGCUGUACGCUGGGCAGACGGGGGCGGGGGCGGGGGAGGAGCGGCGCGGGGAGGCGGCCGAGCAGCUGGCGCUACUGCACGCGCAGCUGCUGUACGAGCGCUGGCGGCGGGAGGCGCACGCCGAGCGGAACCGCCGCCUGCUGGGCCGCUGCCGGCAGGUGCGCGCUCUCGAGCUACAGAAUCAGGCGUUAAGAGACCACGCACGGGCUGCGCAGCGCGAGCGCGACGCCCUGCGCGCGCGGCUGCAGCGCUCGCCGCCGCCGCCGGCGCCGCAGCUGCGCGCCGAGCACGAGGCGCGCCUGGAGGCCGCGCUGGCCGACGAGCGCGCCGCCCGCGCCCGCGCCGAGGCCGCGCUGCGCGAGGCCGAGGCCGCCCGGGCCCACGACCACGCCGAGCUGCAGCGCGCGAGAGGCGAGGCCUUCGAGUCCGCGAGGCAUGUGGAGGCGCUCGCGCGAGGCGCGCUAGCCGCCGAGCGUCGCGCCGAACACGUGCGCCGCCUACGCCGAGAGCUACUUGUGCUAUCGGAGCGUGAAGCGCGCCUCACGGCGGCCGCGCAAGCAGCGCUAAAAGAGAAGCAGACGCACGCCAGCGCCGGCGACGAUCGAGCCACCCGCGCCGCCACCGAGCGACUAGCGGCCGCCAAAGCGGAAGCCGAGACCGCCACGGCACGCGCGGAAGCCGCUACAGCGCGCGCGGCCGAACUUGAAGCUGCCUUAUCCUCCCGAGACGCAAUAAUCGCAGAACUGAAGCGUUCAGCCCGCACGGCAGCGGAAGAAGGCGCGGCGCGGUUGGACGCCCUGCAGGAUAAGUACGCGAGCCUGCUGCGCGUGGUGCGCGCGAGCGAGCUGCGGCGGCUGACGCGGCUGGCGGGCGAGUCGGUGCGCGCGUCGCCGCUGCCGUCGCCGGCGGGCGCGGCGGUGUCGCUGGCGGACUGCUCGCGCGUGCGCCGCCUGCUCGAGGAGGAGGAGCCGCGCGACAGUUAACGCGCGCCGCCCGCACCGCGCCCGCAGCCGCGACGCCCGCUGCUCUCAUACUGUUUCUUCCUGUGAUGUCUAAGUGUCGGUGCCGUAACAAGUUUCGACUCUGAUAGUGUCUAUGAGCAGCUAUAUGUAUAAAGCGUUGCGCGCGACGCGCCUCUUAUUAACACUGACGGAACAUUUGAUAGCGAACUAACGUUAUUGAAAAGUAGACAAUGGCAACCUAUAUUUGCUAGCAAACUUACAGAUAUUGCGGUUCAAAAUGAAAUGAAUUGAAAGGAAAUGUGAACCGAUUUAAGGGUGAUUUUUUUCUUAUACUGAUAUUUUGCUUUGGUGUGUUGGAACAUCUCAUAUGCUUAGUUCCCCGGUUUGAACUCCGGCCUACGACCGGUAAAAGAUGCAUGCUUCUUACUUAUAUAAGAGUGUAUCCCAUUUCAUUCAAAAUGUUUAUCGUUUGGUACUGUUCAAAAUAUUAUAUUGUAAUAAAGCAAAUUUCUUUUA